GCAGUGUCUUUGAGAAGUUUGAUGAAGAAUGAGAAAAAUGAAAGGGAGAGCCUCUGGUGUACUGUGGAAUAUGAAACAAAUAAAGGUAUACCCCACGAAAGCAUCAAUUAAAAUUGUUGUUCUUCCUCAUCAGUGCGCAUUUAUUCAGAGCCAAACAAACAAAACCAGAACGGUGAAUGGUGUUCCCAAAAUGGGUGGUUAAGACACAAUACACAUAAACACACUCUUUCAAGUCCUCAUCUUUCUUCUCUACCUACUACUCCACCAUGCUCUACGGGCUUCUCCCUUUGUUGGGAAUGUUGGCUUUUCUUGGAAUGCAGCUUCCUGUCAUAAUGGCUGAUUGCCCUUUGAAUUUUACUGGUUCAAACUUCACACUUGCAUCCUCUCUAUGCUCUAACCAUGGUGACAGAGGAAAAUGCUGCCGAUACAUCAAUACUAAUGUUGCAAUUGCUGUUUCUCGUUUUGCUAAUGCAACAGGCAACCUAGGGGUCUCUCAAAAUGCGACUGACAUCUGCCUCCAAACCAUAUUUCAAACCUUGCAACUUAAUGGAGUUGCACAAAAUGCAACAGCUUUCUGUGGUUUCGGAACAAAAAUUCCUGUUAAUUAUGAAUGUAAGGGGAGAACUAGUGUUGUCCAAAUGUUGCAAUCCCCCAGAUUUACGGAGGUCACAAAAAAUUGCAAAGCGCCACUUGGAGAGGAAAGUAAAUGUAAGAAGUGUUUAAAUGCUGGCAUUGGUUAUCUGCAUCAUAUCGGAAUUGAAGAUAAUAUAACACUUAGUACAUGUCGUGAUGCCACUUUUGCUGCAUUAGCAAGCCAAGUUGAUGAGAUAUCUACCAUUGACAUUGCAAUUUGUUUCUUUGGGGUUCAAGGACUUCUCAAGCUUCCUGUUUUAGAGUCAACCCCAUCCUUGCCUGCUCCUAAGGCUUCUCCAAGCCCACCUGUUUCUGAUGGCCCAAGUCAACCAUUGUUAAGUGCACCUUUAAAGGGAAAGCAUCAUUCAUAUCGUUUGACGUUAGUUCCAGGUAUUGCUAUUGCAGUUACAGCUGUUGCUGUUAUCACACUCAUAGUCUUGAUAGUUCUAAUUCGCCAGAAAAGCAGAGAGCUAGACAAGCCUGAUAAUUUUGGUAAACCCUGUUCGAAAACCUUACCUCCUUGUACAACAUGGAAAUUUCAGGAAGGUUCUUCAUCUAUGUUCCGAAAAUUCAGCUACAAGGAGAUAAAAAGGGCUACAGAGGAUUUUAGUACUAUCAUUGGUCAAGGGGGAUUUGGAACUGUGUAUAAAGCUGAUUUUUCUGAUGGCCUGGUCGCAGCAGUAAAACGGAUGAACAGAAUAUCUGAGCAGGGAGAGGAUGAGUUCUGCAGAGAAAUUGAGCUUCUUGCCCGGCUGCACCAUCGGCAUCUUGUUUCCUUGAGAGGCUUUUGCAUUCAAAAACGUGAGAGGUUUCUAUUGUAUGAGUACAUGGGAAAUGGAAGCUUGAAAGAUCAUCUUCAUUCCCCUGGUAAAACACCUUUAAGUUGGCGAACAAGAAUCCAAAUUGCCAUUGAUGUGGCCAAUGCCCUGGAGUACCUCCAUUUCUAUUGCGAUCCUCCUCUGUGUCACAGAGAUAUUAAAUCUAGCAACACUUUACUGGAUGAGAACUUUGUUGCCAAGAUAGCUGAUUUUGGUCUUGCACAAGCUUCAAAAGAUGGAUCGGUAUGCUUUGAACCUGUAAACACUGAAAUUCGGGGAACUCCGGGUUAUAUGGAUCCUGAGUAUGUUGUUACUCAAGAGCUCACCGAGAAAAGUGACAUAUACAGUUUUGGGGUAUUACUACUUGAAAUUGUAACAGGAAGACGAGCCAUUCAAGAUAAUAAGAAUCUAGUAGAAUGGGCCCAACCAUACAUGGAAUCAGAUACGAGAUUAUUGGAGCUAGUAGAUCCCAAUGUGAGGGAAUCUUUUGACUUGGAUCAGCUCCAAACAGUAAUAUCUAUAGUAGCAUGGUGCACCCAUAGAGAAGGAAGGGCAAGGCCUUCAAUAAAACAGGUACUUAGGCUUCUGUAUGAAACAUCAGAACCAAUGCACAGUGAGUUUCUACAAACUGUUGAAGAUGAAGAAUGUCAUGGAAGUCAGCACAGAGGCAGAAGAAGCAAGGGGAAAAUGCUCAGAAAUGAAGCAUUGUUUCACAGCGGAGAGGGAAGAUAUCUUGCUUCAUCUUCGAGUACAUCCCGGUCAUAUUGCAGUAGAAGUUUUUUACUUGAGACUGGCUCUCCACAGUCUCCGCCAAAUAUGUUCUCUGUGUGAAACAUCGUUAGAUUCUUCAAGUUGACUUGAGUUUUAAAUUUCUCAUUUACUCUGACUUCAAAUUUGUGGAUUUUUGGGAAGUAGGAGAAAGUCUAUAUGAAAAUCAUGGGAGAAAUGAGAAAUAUAGUACUUCAUUUUCUUUUUAUUAGAGAACCCUUCAAACCUAA